AUGACAGAGACGCCAUCUCUGAUGGUUUGUUUUGUAUUUUUUGGUAUUUUUUGCAGUAUUUAGUAAAUUUUCAAAAACUGGUUACCUCUGUUGAUCCGGCGAAAAUGUUUCUUUCAAACCUUCAGUCAUGUGAAUUUUAGUUCACGUGCUUUAGCAUUAAAAAUACUUUAAUUUUUUUUUGGUUUGUCGUUUUCCUGUAGUCACUUGAAUUCUCAAGUGAGAGGAAUCUAGAGAGGAUUAGUUAUAUUAUUUUACCUUGAACAGCACAAGGAAGAGCAAACAACAGAACUGCCAGGAAAAUCAAUAUAUGCAUCUCAGCUCGAAGAAAAACCUGGAAAUGAGAUAAGACAGAAAAGUUAUUUGGUAAGAGAUAGACAUUCACUUCUAUCUCAGUAUCUUUGGGAUCAUAUUUUCUCUCUUUCACUAUAGCGCGUGUUAAAGAGUUUAAACCCGUUUUUUGUAAUUUAACGUUUUUGAAACACAUAUAAUAGCAAAAUACAAUUAUCGAGUCCACACAUAAUAGAAGCGUUUCUACACCCCGUCAGAUAAAAAUAAGGGCGAAUUUUUGAACGCAGAAAAAUACGACUUCCAAAUAGCUGCUAUUUGCUUAUUGGGCCUUAUUAAAAUGCAAUUUAUGAUAUAAAAUAACUGCAGUAUUUCGUGCAGCAUCUGAACAGUAGAUAUUACCAUCACCAACUGUAAUGUAUCGAUAGUAUUGUCUACCGGAAGUUGUGUUAGCGGAAGUUCUCGGAUACUAUAAACGUGCAAAGGAUCAUAGAUAUUUGUGUGGGCCAUACUUUCCGAGUGUCAUGGCGGCCGAAUAAAGUGUAGUUUCUUUCAUAGUUAAAUCUGGUUUAUUAAACGGCCAUCCGGGCGUCAUUGUUACAUUGGCGACGAGGAUUCAAUUCGUUUUGUGAGGUAGUGGAUAUUUUGGAAGUCAUUUGUGCGGAAAGUCCUAGUAUUUUGUCAGGCAGAUGACGGACAAAGGAACCACUUCGAGUACAACUUCAAGUUAACAAGCUUCGCCAACCGCGACGUUUGUUCCUCUUCUUGAUGUGGCCAGCCUUCCUCCCUUCAAUCCAAAGGAAGAUCCCAACACCCUUGCAGUUCGCUGGAAGUUGUGGAAACGCUCGUUUAAUCUGUAUUUCGUGGCAAAAGGGAUUACGAAAGAUGAACAGAAAACCGCAUUGCUGUUGCAUACUGGAGGGUUGAAUUUUCAGGAGCUUUACUACACGUUAUUGACCGGUACGGAUAUAAAGUCGUUCGCUGAGAGUAUGGAGUUGUUGGAUAACUAUUUUGCACCGCAGUUGAACGUCCCAUACGAAAGGCAUCAGUUUAGGCAAAUGGAGCAAGCGUCAGGAGAGUCGGUGCAUCAGUUUGUUUGUCGGUUGAGGCAGAAAGCGAUCUUCUGCGAGUUUGAAAAUGUUGAUGAGGCAAUAAGGGAUUAG